AUGGCCAAAUCUUUCCUGGUAUUCUGCUCAAUUUUGUUCAUCUUUAUACAUAUGAUAUUAUCUUCUGUUGUAGGACUUCCACGAUACUGGCCACCACAUGGAAAAUUUAAGGUGAAAUGUCCAUAUAAGAAAGUAAGCUUGAAGUGGUACAAAGGAACAGCGGAUCCCUGUCCUGGCUUAUAUCAACCCAUCUGUGGCACCAAUUUUGUGACCUAUGACAAUCCCUGCAUCCUGUGUAUUGAGAGCUUGAAAUCUGAAGGCAAGAUUAAGUUUUACCGUGAUGGAAAAUGCUAG